AUGACACUGCUGCAACGUUAAAAGAGAGAGUUCCUCAAGCAUUUUUUUUAAAAAAGCGUCUGCAAGUCUGUUUUGUUGACAUUGACCCGUUUCAUCUGUAAACCCAUAUGGCGGGCUCGCUGAAGUAAAUAUUGUUUAAGCUCCAUCCUUUCUGUAUUUACCAGAAACCCAUCGAAAUUUCGUACGGUGGACGAAGUGGUACGAACUCAUUCCAGGUUAUCGUCAUCAGCUGACGGGAACUUUUCGCCAAUAAAAGGCCUCAAGAGGAGCUGUCCGUCCCUCAUCCGACAGGCCUCUGCUAUUUUGUUUAGCAUCGCUUCAAGGACCUAGCAGGGUAGGGGACUCAAUGUGAAUAAACUGGAAGGACCGAGCAGGAGAAGGGAUUUGACAAUAUUAUUCACCAUGGUCUUUCCCAUUGUGCGAGUUUUUACUGGAAGGUCGACGUAUGUCUAGGCCCAGAUUAAAAAGUAGGCCACAUCAUGUGCCUCUAAGUUAAGUAGAAAAGCAAAGGACUACUGCACCUACACGGAGAGAAGUUAUUAACCUAUUAGUGUAUGCUAGCCGCCAUGUCAGUAGUAUCAGAAGGAAGCGUUCAUGAUGGCAGCAACUCUCUACAAGCGGUUGCGUCGCGUUCCUUACUUGAAAUGAAAGGCUCGUUUAGGACCGCUACCCAUACUAAAGAAUCUGUCGCGAAUGGACUGUUCUUAAACCUGCUCUAUCAUCGCCCAAGCACUGACAGCGACGUCGACCACCGAAGAGGAAAGAAGCAACUGAUUAUUGAGGCUUUGACGCACCUCGUUCUCGAUGUCUGCUACGUGAAGCUGUCUCAGACAGCUCAAGAUACGCUUAUAGCGCUGUACGAUUCGACUGACGAUCUGACUUUGCUCGCACUAGCUAACCUCGCAACAGCAGGUGGUAUCCAGUUGCCGAAAAUUUUGGAGCAGUCCGUGGUCGAAUUAAUGGAAACCGUGGAUACGGGUGCCACUACAGACGAACUGCAGCUGCUUUCGGCAUCUAUUGUAAUGGGCAGGGCCAUCGAUUCCGCAACGCGAGAGCUAACUACUCUUCUUACGCAUGCGUGUAGUUUACUGGUGAAAGAUAACGUAAACAAGGAAACUCCGCUACACCUGCCAGCAUUAUUAUGUUUAAGGUCCUAUCUGCACAAUGCAAGAGUGCUUGGGGAUGUACUUCCUCCAGAAAUAUUGACUGGGUCCGGCCUUGUGGAAAAAUUCCAUCAAAAGAUAAUAAAGCACAGGCCAGCCUUUCUGAGUCGUGAGGUUGUUUCGUUUAUGAAAGUUGUCUCAUCGUUGCCGUAUGCUAAUAUCAUUCGGCAACUCUUCAAAGACGCAAGCCGUGAUGAUGCCACUUUUAGAAGUAUUCUUCAGAUGACUGCAGUGAAAUUUCCUGCGGACACUCUUGAGAUAUAUGGCAAAGUGUUUUCCAUCAGUCCCAAGGAGGCCAUCCCUUUGCACUUGCUGACAUCAAUCGUUGACACUCUGAUCGAGUCCCGUGGUAACGAAAUCAUCACGGAAAUUAUACGGUUUUGUUUCUCAUGCUUAGAAACAUCCGCGUUACUGGUAGAAUUUUUUGGCUGUUAUAAAAAUGAGGAAACCGAAACAGAGCAAUUUCAGAAGUACGUCCCACUCAUUGAGGUUUAUCGAAGUCUGAAAGAGGCUCAUAAGCCAGCCAUUAUAUGGCCCGCAGCUGCUCUUCGGUUCAUUCGACACCCACUUGUUGAAGAGGCAUUGGCCGAUGGCAGUCUUCAUCAUUACAUUGAAUACGCUCUUCAAGGUGACUCCGCGGAAGACAAAAUAGUCGCUCUGCUGCUCCUUUGUCCUCAACAGCAAUCGCUUCGACUACCGGUAAACAGUAAAAUAAUAUCCGCAGAACCGCCGGUACCUGAAGGUGCCUCGUGUGCCAAUUGCAUCAUGGCCGAGGCUAAGUUUAAUGCAUCUGAGGCUGCACGGGAUGCUGCCACGCGCAGUUUGACAUCUGCAUUAAUCCGGCUACGCGAUCAGGAAGAGGCCGUAUCAAAAAUGCGAGCACAAGUUGCCAAGGAAGCGCUUGAAAGCAGCCGGAGGAUCGCUGAGGCGAAGGUUUUGCAGACCCAAAUCUGUGUUACUGAAAAACGUGUCACAGAGCUGAGGAACGAACUCGAACAAUGCGAGGGCCGGCUGACUGCUGCUGUUAGUGAGACAGCGGAACUAAAAACGCGAAAUGAGGAGACAAUGACAGCCCUGAAACAAACACGCCGGGAUGUGGAAAAAUUACGCUCUGAAGGAGAUAAAAAGCGAACGGAAUGCCAAAAUCUUCAACGGGAGUUGGUGACGACAAGAGAGCAGCUUACGAUCGCAAAGAAGAAAAUAGAUGAUCUCGAAGUAUUCAAGGAGAAGCUUAAUUGCCUUAUGGGUUCAUUUCCAUCGAAAUAGUUUUCGUCUGAGCACAACUCUAUGAAUAAGGCUUUCGUAUAUAAUAUAUAUAUAUAUAUAUAUUAUAUAUAUAUAUAAGAAAUAUUCAUAAUCGGAGCAAAACACAAUGAAAAAUUGUAUAAUUAAAACGGAAGAAUAUAAGUGCUCAAUUUUGUAUUACAAUAUAUAGCGAGAUUGUGUAGAUCACUAUUGGUUGAAU